GCUACGGAUCGGUAUAAUGUCUCAUUCGGCACCUGCUUGGCUCACUCGGGAUUACGUGGAGGAAAGGCUGCGUUCCUACUUCAAGGAUGAGUCUUUAAGACUGGAGAAUUUGGACAUCAGGCCGGCACUUGGCAAUGGGGAGAAUUGGGCCAGCGUGAUGACCCGCAUCAAUGUGGAAUACACCAAGAAGAAUUCGAAGGAUAAGGAAUCCACUCGAUUCCUGGCUAAGACAACUUUUCCCGACCGAGAUCCAGCGGCGGAGGUGCUAAUGGGUUAUGGGGUCUACACCCGGGAAAUGGACAUGUAUGAGCAGAUUCUGCCCAGGUUGGCGGUUUUGGUUCGCGAUGAGUUGGGAGACUCGCGAAAACUGUUUGCCGGCACUGUGAAUGUGGACCGCAAACGGGACUCGAUCAUCUUUGAGGAUCUAUCGCUGGAGAAUUACAGAGUGGCCGAUCGCCUCAAGAAAUUAGAUCUGGAGCACACUUAUCUGGUCCUGGAGAAACUGGCCAAUUUUCAUGCAGCUGGAGCAGCCUUAGCGGAACGACAGCCGGGAAUCUUUUCGAAGAAUUUCGAUCGCGGAUUUUUCAACCAGCACACCCGGGGAUACGAAUCCAUUAUGCGGAACCUUCUGCAGGCCCUCUCCCGUUCCUUGGAACUGGAACCGGAGUUGCGUGAGCGUUACCAGGCGAAAAUCGAUCGCCUGGUCGACCAUUUAAUGGAUUACGGCGAACAAUCGACCUCUAUUAUUCCCGGCGAUUUUGUGACCCUGGCCCAUGGAGAUCUUUGGACCACCAAUGUCAUGUUCCAGUACGAUGACGAGGGUCAUCCCAUCAAUGCCAUCUUUAUCGACUUUCAGUUUAGUGUUUGGAACUCACCGGCCAUCGAUCUGCACUACUUCUUUUCAACCGCAUUGCAAGCCAAUAUCCGACUGAAAAAACAGCCGGAGUUGGUUCAGUUCUAUUACUAUAAAUUAAGAGAUGCUUUGAAGGUUGUCAAGUAUUCGGGAAAGGUCCCCAGUCUGUUUGCCUUCCAUCAGCAGUUCCGAAACAGAGCCUUCUAUGCUGCCUUUGCAUCCCUGAUUUUCGAACCUUCGAUGGCCUACAAUGGCAAGGAGGAGGCCUCCAUGGAGCAGAUUAUGUCGUCUUCGGAAAAAGCAAUGCGGUUCAAGGAUGACCUCUAUCAGUCGGAGGAAAUCAGAAAAAAGAUGCACUUCACCCUGCCCUUUCUUGACCACUUGGGAUUAUUAGAUGUUAUGUAAAAUAAAAACUAAACCUUACUUUUAACACAAUCUAAGCAAUAAAUAAAACAAUUCAUAUUGUCACCUA